AGGCAAUAGAUCCCACUCAAUUCUGGUUCACCGAAUCGAACAACUUUACUAGAGGAGGCAUCGAAAACAAUUAUUCCAUGAAAGUCGUUGAGUGUUUGUACGACUUGCUCGUGCGCACCCCAAUCAUCAAUCAGAAGUUUCAGUGACAUUCUUCUGAUCACAGACGGCACUUGUGGCUCUGCAUGCGGUCAAUUCAUCAACGCAAUGCAGGCCAUCGGCAAUGGCGCAUAUCCGGAUCUGCAACCAUUCAAUUCGACGAUCGUAGGAUUUGGAGGUUUUGUUGAUGAGCCUCUGUCCAUGAAUGCUUUUGAAGGAGGGAAUGUACUUUCAGACGAGGACUUCUUGUUUGAUCUAUACGUUAAUGGCGCCAUACUCGGUCCUUUAUACACCGGAAUUGGCCCAGAUAAGGAGGUGCUUGCAGAACAGUAUAAAAAGAUCUUGCAAGGUGUCCCCAUUCCGUAUAAUAAUGGGCUGUUGAUACGAUUCAAUUACCGUGAGAGCUACCUUAAUGGAGCUGGGGAGGCUGCUUUGCCAACAGAAUUCUAUCAGAAACCAACCACCGUGCACCUCGAAGAGUGGCAUCCGCUCCUGUCAUCCACCGCCUAUGGAAUGUUUAAUGAGGGAGUGAACAGCUUGUACACACGUAUGGCAGCCGGUGACCUAACUACCAACGCGGUGCCGUCCCCCGUACCUGCGAAUCCAGAACCUGCGCAGAGUGCAUCCCGCGACGACUUGGACGAGAUGAGCGACACUUUGGAUCCAUCCAGUGCAGUAGCAACCGCUGGUGCCAGUGGUGCAGGUUCAGAGGAAAGUGGUGAUGCUACUGACUUAGAUCCAAUGGAGAGCAGCGUCUAACGGAGAUAUAAAGGAAGUGAACAGUUUUUCGGGUUCUUUCAGGGCUGUGGGAACUGCGGUUCCGAGGGAAGCAUUGUGGCUUCAGUGCCGGUAUAUAGAAUACGAGCAGCUUUAUGAUACCUUUUUAAGACGGCGCUAUUACACCAUUACACCAUCGACAAAAUUACCAGAGGAGAGCUAGCGGGUUUUGGAACCCGAUUUGGCAAAUUUAUGCUACUUUACAUGCAGUUGUAUCCAUAAAUGACGUCAAAGCGCCCGGAUUUUCUGCAGAAACAUUUAUUGCUCGCAGAAGACUUACCAUGAAACGUCCAAAUAGGCUUGAAAACAAAGCAAACCGUGUAAAUGGCAAACACAAGCCUUCGCAUAGGAAGUAAGCUCUACGGAUAUAAAGCUAUGCAUAAUAGCUAAUUGGAAUAUUGAGGAUAUGCAUUGUA